GGUCGGCAACCAGCUCGAGAAGCUACCCCGCAACAUAUUUUACGGAUUGACCGACUUGGAGAAACUGGACCUAUCUUACAACCAGUUGCCCAACUUGACUCGAGGUGUUCUCAGCACAAAUAUCAAGCUGAAAGAAUUGGACUUGUCAAACAACAGGAUUAAGCGCUUGCCCCUGGAUAUCUUUGGCAACCUCACUCAGUUGAAAAGGCUGAGCUUUCAUCUUAACAAAAUCACUGAAGUAACUAAUGAACAAUUCAAAGAUGUCGCGCCAAACAUUCGAUUCUUGUACUUUCAUUCCAACGAGAUGCGGGAACUACCAGAAGGCUUUUUCUCUAACAUGAAGAAGUUAAUAAGAGCCACUGUAGACACCAACCUGAUGUGUUGUCACCUGACAAAAGAGGACGCGGACUGCGAUUUUGCCUAUGUCGACAGCUUUGCCAGUUGCGAGAAUAUGCUCAGAGAUCGAGCCCCAAGGAAGUGUAUUUGGGUUGUUGGUAUCAUGUCUCUGAUUGGAGCUGUGUUUGUCAUCACAUGGCGAAUGGUCUACAGGGAGAGAAAUAUUGCACAGCCAAUCAUGUUGACGCACUUGGCGGUAUCCGAUGGGUUAAUGGGUAUUUAUCUGAUCACCAUAGGUGUGAUGGAUGCGAUCUGGGCAGGGCAAUACUACUUGCAUGACUAUAGCUGGCGUUCGAGUCUGUUAUGCCAGAUAACUGGCGCAAUCGCAGUGUUAUCAAGCGAGGUAUCUUUGAUGCUUAUUUCUCUUAUUUCUGCUGACAGACUUAAAAAUAUUGUGUUCCCUUUCAAUAUCGAUGGACUAACCAACAAAGCCGCUCAUGCUUUGUGCUUUAUCAUCUGGAUUGUCGGUUUCAUAUUUGCUUUCCUUCCCACAUUUGGCAUCCAGUAUUUUAAAGCCCCUAAUGAAGGUCAUCAUUACUAUGGCAGAUCUGUUGUAUGUAUUCCACUUCAGCUCUCAGACUAUAAGGCACCUGGUUGGGAAUAUUCUGUGGCUGUAUUUGUUGGUUUGAAUUUGGCUUUUGUAGCCUUUGUCGUUGUGGCUUAUCUUGUAAUAGUUGGAAACAGAUUGUGGGUCCAGGCGAUGUCAGCCAAUACCCAGCGAGAGACAGCUCUUGCCAAACGGGUGUUUUUCAUCAUCCUGACUGACUGCAUCUGCUGGAUGCCAGUCAUUGUUAUUGGACUCAGGUCCCUUGUGGAAAAGUCGUUCAGGACACCAGGAGAUCUUGCCGUGUGGAUCGCAGUGUUUGUUCUCCCAUUCAACUCCGCCAUCAAUCCAAUCCUAUACACCUUGUCCACCACACAGGAGACACGAAAGGAGCCAACAAAUCCGAAAUUGGAGAAAGCUGAGGAUGAAGAACCCGCUGAACAACUCCCAAAUGAUCAAAAUGGACUAUACAAAGAAGCCGAAGAGGAACCUGAAAAAGAGCAAGAGGAGGUCCAUAAACAUAAUCACUCAUGUCUAGAACAUACUGAGCCCCAAGAUACAUGUAAAUGGAAGCUGAACACGAAACACAAAGAGCCUGCCAGGCCAGAACAGCCGGAAACUGAGCCUACCGACUCUAUCGACAAGAUAGCAGCAAUGAAGACGGAGACUAAAGAUCAUAAACAGUCCCAGAAAGACGUUGCAGCAAAUUCUGAAUAUGAAGAGUUUCAAACAGAUUUUCAAGGGGAUCAGGACCAAUCUACUGAUGAAGACUGUCGCCCAUCUGUCAGAGUUCAUGUUUAUCAAAGAACACUCAAUUGUUAUAACGUACCCUUUGAUUGGAACUGGUAUGAUGUGGCUGGUACUACAGGAGUUCAAAUCCAGCAAGACCUAGAGAGUGAUGAUAGCGAUGACAGUAAUGACGAGUCCAAAGAUCGAAGUGAAGAUGAGAAAAUCGUAGAGCACACCAAUCAUGAAGAGCCUGAAGAGAGAGAUGAGACUGAAGAGGUUGAAAAACCACAGGAUAAACACGAGGAUCCAUUAGAGAAGAAAGACGAACCUGAAAAACAAGAAGAAGAAUCUGAAGAACAGCACGAAGAUGACGUCGAAGACGAGCCUGACAAGACAUUAAGCUGGGGAAGACGAACAGUUUAUCGUGAAUAA